GUCCUCUACACAAUCAAGAUAUGCAAAAGCCCAUGAGUCCCUCCAGGGACCUGGCGAUGCACGACCUACCGCAUUACAAAUCGUCCAGGAUGAAAACCGAAUAAACGAUCUCACCGGCAAGGUGAUCAUGAUCACAGGCUGUUCAUCCGGGCUCGGUAUCGAGACCGCCAAGGCCCUCUUCCACACAGGCGCGACGCUAUACCUGACGGCCCGAGACCUAGGAAAGGCCAAGACCGCAUUGAGUGAGAUCGUUGAUAGUCCGCGGGUCCAUCUUCUCCACCUAGAUCUGAAUUCCUUGGCAUCUGUCCGCGCCUGCGCUGAAGAAUUCACAUCUAGAGAGAGUACUCUGAACAUCCUGAUCGAGAACGCCGGCGUGAUGGCAUGCCCCGAGGGUCGGACGGCGGAUGGGUUCGAAACGCAGUUCGGCACAAACCACCUGGCUCAUUUCCUGCUCUUUUACCUGCUGAAGCCACUCUUGCUCUCUUCAUCAACCGCUGGUUUCCAGUCCCGAGUGGUCGUGGUCGCUUCCAGCGCUCACCGGGUUUCGUCGGUUCAUUUCGAUAACAUCACUUUAGAAGGUGAAUACGAACCAUGGAAAGCAUACGGUCAAAGCAAGACAGCAAACAUCUGGACGGCUAAUGAGAUUGAGAGACGCUAUGGCUCAAAGGGUCUUCAUGCUUUUAGUCUGCACCCUGGUGCGAUCGCCACCGAGCUCCUUCGUCAUGUCUCGGAUGAACAGAAAUCCACGUGGGAUGGCGAUGAAUGGCUGAAGAAGUAUUGGAAGAGUCCUGAGCAGGGAGCCGCGACUAGCGUCUGGGGUGCCGUAGCGAGGGAGCUGGAAGGCACCGGAGGAGCAUAUCUGGACAACUGUCAAAUCGCAUCACCUGCUGACCCAACCAAGCGACAUGGACCAGGCUAUGCUCAGUGGGCGUACAACCCCGAUGGUGAAGCAAAACUUUGGGCGAAAACUUUGGAAUUACUUGAGUUAAAGGACGAGUAAGGCUAAUUCUAGUAACAAGCAAUGUGAAAGCGCCCAAUAAAAAAAAGCCUGACAGUGUAGUGAGGCGACUUGUAUUACUGUGCUGAGGUGGUCACACAUCAAUCGUCUUGGCUGUGUAUAAAGUCAUCAAAUGCAUACGUAGUGCUGUAAACAACAGGACCGCUAUCAAUGAGGGGGUGGAACGGACGCCGUUAUCGGAGCGGUUAUCAGGCUUGAUUUAUGACGGAGAGACUUCGCAUAAUCAUCAAUUGCCAGCAAAUCU